AUGACAAAAUUAGGAUUUGUGUUAGUUUCGGCAGCCGUUCUGGCUGUCGGAUUGGUGGCAGGUGCUCCUUCGGCUAUGGUUCACAAGGCACCAGAACCAGCACACGCAGCCAAACCGGCAGAUCACGCUCAUGCUGCGCCCGCUCACAAAGGGCUUCCGGCUCUUCACAAGGACCUCCCCCUGAAGCCUGCAGCUCACGUUCCUGCUCUCCCGGCUCACCAUGCUGUUCCGGCUCAUGCUCCAGCUCCACACGUUCCUGCUGCUGCUCCACAUGCGUACGUCGCUCCAGGAGUUCAUGGACAUAAGGCUCCCGUAGCCCACGGUCAUCAUGCACCUGCAGGGCCAGCCCACAAGUCACGUCACGUGUCCAUGUCUCGGUCCCAUUAUCCCGGCUACCACGUCGAACCGGUGUCCCAUGGAUAUCACGCAGCACACAACGUCAUCCACCACGCUUACGCUGUGAAAGCUCCACACGUCAAAUGUGGAGCCAACAUAUUGAUCGGAUGCGCCCCGGAGGUGGCUCAUGUACCCUGCAUCCCAGUCCCGGCACAUAAGCCAUACUAA